CAAGACCGUUGCAGGAGCGAGCUGAGCGAAGCACAACACCACCACCACCUCAACUGCAGCUUCAACUGCAACUUGCACUGCCCGGACGCUGGCAGACACACACUGCUGCCAAGCAAGAUGGACAAGAAGAAGCCCGGAUCCCUCAUCAACAGCCAAGACGCAGACAUGCGUCGAAGGCCAACCAACAAACAAACGAAGCAGCGGCCUAUGAUCUUCCACACGCCUGCUGGAACGCACAACGUGAACAGGCGAUUUGUCAAGCCGCGAAGAACGGCGUCGCCGCAGCCACCGUCCACAGGCAACAAGAAAACCAGCACAGCGAAGACACCGGCAUCCACAGCAAGGACACCACAGUUCGAAACACCACAGAGCAUGAUGAUGACCGCCACACCACAGUCCGGUAUCUCGUAUGUGCAGCCGUCUGCAAAGCGAGCCGCUUCCUCGGCCAAAGCGAGUAGCAGCAGUCGCAAGCGAGCACCCCCCUCGUCGUCGUCCUCGUCAUCAUCGGUGCGCCGGACGAAAAUGACGGCGCGAAAAUCGAUUCCCGGCAGCGGCUCAUCAUCGUCAUCAACAUCAUCAUCACGACGAGGGCGAGGGCGAGCAGCAGCAGCGGCGUCGUCGUCGUCGUCGUCGUCGGCGUCACGGCGGACGCGAGGAAGGAAGACGGGCGGCGCUGCGUCCACGACAUCAUCAACACCAUCGUCGUCAUCAGCGACGCGCACACGUGCCGGCGGCCGGAAGCAACCAGCGCCAGCAUCGGCGUCGAGGAAGGUGACCGCCCGAAAAGGCGUUGCAACGAAGAAGACGCAGAAGGCGGCAACGGCGAGAACAGCAGCAGCGAAACGACAGCAGGCGAGGACAACAACGAAGGGCGGAGCAGCAAGAAGUGGGAAGGGAGCAGCAUCAAAGCGCAAAACAAAGAUAAGAAGGGAUCCAGACUACAACCCAGAAAACGUGCUGCGCCUGUAUUCCCUGGACGCGUCGGCACUGCGAUCUGUGACGACGGCGACGGAUAUCGACCUGGCCAUCGCCACCGUUGACCGCUGCAUCGCCGACAUCGAGGACAGCACGCUGUCGCCUGUUGUCCGCGGGGCGCUGGCGGAGAUUGCAGACGAGUUCAGAUACCACGCACUCGACAUGGUUGAGCUGCUGCAGGAGGUGAAGGCAGUGCAGCGCUCCCUCCGACGCGCAAACGCAAAAUCAAACAAACUGAGACAGAUGCUGCUUGAAUCCCAGUCUGAGAGCGCACAGCUUGCAGUUGAUGUUGAGCAUAUGCGCACCAAGCACGAACAUACAACCCGGCUCAGAAAGGUGGCAGAGGACGCGCACGAAUACUUGACAAAGUGCGAACGCGUACACGCACAUGCGUUACGCAACAAAGACGCAAAGCCGCGUGCAUUACACCACCGCCACAACGCCGCAUCGCGCCUUCUGUCGUUACGGGCGCUGCUCUCCUCUGCGCCCGCCAUCACCGACGCCGCGCAGGGCAUUGACGCAUUUCUUGACACGCUGUAGCCGUCACUAUGCGCGUGUGUGUGAAUUGGAAGUGAAGUGCGUUCUGCCUGCCCUUGUUACACAUCGCCUUACUCUGUUCUCUUCCUUCUUCGCUUGUUCCCUCUUUUGCUCCCCCGUCUUUCCGUUUGUCCAUUGCUGCAUUCAGUGUUCACUAAUGGUUUCACCCGCUGUUGUCUGAGUACGCUCUCGGAACGUGAGCUCCUACGUGUGUGUGUGUGUGUGUGUGUGUAUGUGUGUGUG